UCGCGUUCGGUUCGCGGAGUAGAGACAGAGAAAGGGUAGAGAAAUAGACAAGAGAGCGUGGCAAAACAGGGAGGACUAGAGAGAAAGAGAGAGAAAGAGACAAAGAGGGGGUUAAUAUUGUCAACCCCAGGUAGAAAGCACUUAACGGAAUUAUUGCCGAAUAAAUAUUCUCAAAUAGGAACGAAACAUUCGUUUCGGAAAGGGCGGCAUUCUCCAAAAAUGUGAGAAAUGUGUCGUACAUUAUGACAGAGACGUGCGUUAGUGCAUAGAGAAGUUACGUUCGUUGUAGUCGUUGGCGCCGUUGGGAGCAGCGAUAGGAUGAGACGGUAUUAGUAAGGCAUUUUCGCGAUUUUACAAAAGAAUUUCCCGGCGUAAGGGGAAAUAUUUUCGAGAGGCGCGUUCUUUCUAAAACGACUGCUUCGAGCACCUCCUUCGUGUUUUACCUUCGCUGCGAGGUACAAAUCUUGACCGGCGCUCGAGUUGAUGCUUCUCGAGUAAGAAAAAUUCACAAUUGGUCCCGUCGGACGGAAAACCGCGAUAACGUCACGAUGCGAACGACACUCGUCGAGGUCGAGCUUUCCUCCACGUAGACGUCAUUUAUUCGCGAACGUACGUACGUGCGUCCGUGCGUGGUCCCGUUGCCGAGCAGUAAGCGGAUGAAUACCGUGCCUGAAAAGCUAAGUUCCCUGAUCCAAGUGCUUUUUCCCUGGGACCAGAGGCACGGAGGAGUGCUUGGAAGAGGAGGGAAGGUAGAAAGUGAAGGGGGUGAAGAGAAAGGGAGAGAGAAACGGCGGGAGGACGGAGUCCGCGAAAAUUCAGCCACGUGCAUCUCGAUUGUACACGCCAUGUCGCCGCGCAACGGCUCUUGCGUGGCGGAGGUGAGCUCCGUGAGGAGCCUCUCGUCGGAUGACGUCUCGACGACCAAGGCGAACCGGAAGAAAUCGUGCUGGGCCCGCGCGACCGACCCGGCUCACCGUCGCGGCCGGCGAAUCCAGCUGCUGCAGAUGUUGGUGCUACCCUUCAUACCGAUCCUCGCCCUGAUCGUGCAGACCGCGAACACCCUCCACGACAUCCUCAUCUACCGCCAAGAGGUGUCCGACAUAGAAUCGCAGGUUACGAUAGCCACGGACCUCGGUAAAAUGGUCACCAGGAUGCAGCUGGAGAGAUCCGAGGUGGCCUUCUUCAUCUACACCAACGGCAACACUCUGAGGUCGAACCUGACGCAGAGAUUCUCCAUAACCGACCAGGAUCUCCACAACAUGAGCAUGUGGCCGCUGGUUUCCGUGCCCAGGGACGAGAGCAAGACGCAGACGUACGACGUGGUGAGCAAGGAGGCCUUCCAGGCACGCUUGGAGGAUUUUAGGCAGAAGAUCAGCUCGGAGGAGAGCAGCAUCAGCGAGGUGAUGGCGUGGUACACCAGCGUGAACGCUGCCAUGCUGGAUCACUUGACUAAUCAGAUUAAGGAGACAGACAACAGCGGGGUGUGGAGGUAUCUGAUAGCCUUCAAGAACCUGCUGCGGAGCAUCGAGAGCCUCGGCAUCGCCUCCGUGGAAGGGAUCAAUUACUUCGGCCGCGGUAUCCUCCUCGGCGACAAUUACAUCAGUUACGUUCGUCACGAGGCGCUGGGACGUGAUCUACUGAACGCGGCUCUUACGUACGUGCCCCCCCUGAAGAAGUUUUACGAGGAGCUCUCGCGCACGAUGCCUGAGUACGACAAGAUCAAGGCGAGACGGGGCGAAAUCCUGCGGAAUCAAAAGAGGGAGCCGAGCGUGGACGAUGCAAUCGCAUACUUCGACUCGAUGGCCACUUAUAUCGACGAGCUGCGUAAACUGCAGCGGGAAUUGCGUCACAUGAUAAGGAAUUACGUCAACUCGACGUUGCAAGACGCGAGCAACAACGAAGUCGCGGGAAUUGCCAUCGUCGUUCUGGUGUUGAUGGUGUCGCCCAUCAUCAUAAUACUGAUGCGGAACGCCGUCGCCACCAUUCAGAUGUACGCCGCGAAUUUAGCACAGAAGGCGCGCGAACUCAAGCGCGAGAAGAGGAAGAGCGACACGCUGCUUUUUCAGAUGCUUCCGCCCAGCGUCGCCCAGCAACUCAAGCAGACCCAGCAGGUGCCAGCUGAGUAUUACGAGGCGGUGACCGUCUACUUCAGCGACAUAGUCGGCUUCACGGAGAUCGCAGCGGAGAACACGCCCCUCGAGGUGGUGACGUUCCUCAACUCGAUUUACAAGCUGUUCGACGCGCGUAUCGAGUGCUACGACGUUUACAAGGUGGAGACCAUCGGGGACUCCUACAUGGUCGCUUCCGGCCUGCCCGUCAGAAAUGGCGACAAGCACGUCUCCGAGAUCGCCACGAUGGCGUUAGACCUGCUGGCGGCCUCGUCCGUCUUCCAAGUGCCCAAACGUCCCGGCGAACGACUGCAGAUACGAAGCGGGGCCCACACCGGGCCCGUUGUGGCCGGCAUCGUCGGCAGCAAGAUGCCACGCUACUGUCUCUUCGGAGACACCGUCAACACCGCGAGUCGCAUGGAAUCGACCGGGGAGGCCUUGCGAAUUCACAUCAGCUUGGAGAUGAAGAAAGCGCUCGACGCGGUGGGCGGUUUCAGGAUCGAGCACCGUGGCCUGGUUGACGUGAAGGGCAAAGGUCUCAUGGACACGUACUGGCUGGAGUGCAAGGACGGCGGUAUCGCGCGCGCCGCCGAGCUGGACCUGCCGUCGUUCUUCGAGGACGUACGACCGGUCUUCAUGCGCCGUCUGCGCGAGGAGGGUCGCAAGAACCGUCUCUCCCAUCCGAACCUGCACAUCACGCCGGUGAAAGCGCAGCCACAGUCGCAGUCCAGCAUCGAGUCGCAGGACUCGGGCACCUACGAGGGCACCCGCUCCACCACACCCUGUCCGCCGAGCUACUCGCCGGCGAGUCAACGCAGCCGUUACUCCCAGCCGAACCUGCCGACUCUGCUGAUCUCGUACGACCGUCGGUCGGCAGGCUCGCCGGACCGUCGCAUCCGCAUGUCCCAGCCGACCCUCAACUCCAGCCUGAGCGGCAUCAACUUCUUCGGCAUGAAUCGCGUGGGCGGCGGUCGGCUGUCCUACACGAGCUUGCGCGCCACCUCCGGCGACAACAGCAUCAACGAGGAGGAGAGGCUGUCGACGCCGAACGUGCACGCCCUGGGCGGCAGCGGCAGCCCGCGUGGAAGUCUAACGAUGGAGCGCAGCUCGUCCAGGCUGUCGCAGCCGGACGUGCGCCGGUUCAAUCUGCGGCAGGACAAGCGGGAACGACUGUCGCAGCCCACCCUGGUCACCGGCGACUAUUACCCCGGCCGGGGCCAGCAAAGACUGUCCCAACCUUGCUUGAGCAGCGGCCGCGACAUCAUGAUCGGCGUACACUCACCCUCGCCGCCGCCCUAUCCCCUGAAGCACAAACGCUUCGUGCCGGGUGCGCUGCAGGCUUGCCAACGCGACCGUCUCUCUCAGUUGGACAUCGGCUCCAAGUACCGGAAUAUCGCCAAGGACCUGGGUAGCGGCAGGGACGUCGUCAAGUUCAACCGCGACCGAUUCUCCAUACCGGAGCUGGAGACGCAGAACGACCUGCGGCUGAUCGCCGGCACGCCGAAGCAACGCUUCAGCUUGGACAGCCAGCUGGCGAAACAGCGAUUCAGCCUCGACAGCCAAGACAGCUGCAAGUCCAGACUGUUGCCGAUCGCCAGCUCGCCGAUCUUCGAGCAUCAGCAGAUGAAGACCGAGGAGAUGACCGGGGGCGUAACGUCCGCUCGACUGAAGAGCCCCACUUGCGAGGGCCUGGAGAGCGUGCUCGUGGCGAGCGCGUCGCCACUCUUCCCGCCCGGCGAGAGGCGCUUCCUCGCGCCGGAUUUCCCGAGGAAGUCGUCCAAGUCGCCGUCGCCGACGAAAGCGGACUCGAAAACCACCGGCAAACCACCGCCGAUCCCGGUCAGGGAGAGGAUGUCUGUGCCGGAGAUCAGGAAUUCGAGCCUGCGCAGGCUACUGGAUCCACCUACUCGGCAACGGCACAGCAUCGCCGGCAACCUCAGGCAGUCGUUGCUGACGCCGGUUAAGCUGCAGGACUUCGGCGGCACCGGCGGUAGGAAGUCGCCGCGUUAUUCGAUCGACGACGCGCUGGAGAAACUCAAGAGGAUCGAGAAGGAGGAGAAUCGACGGAACCAGGAAAUGAACGAGGAAAAGGGCCAGACGAAGGAGCAGGAGCAGCAGGAACCGAAGCAUAUCCAGAAGCAUUACUCGUACACCUACGAGACCGGCGACGACGGUAGCGUCUCGUCGUCGUUCGGCAAGCUCAGCGUGGGUGGCACGCCGAAGCGCAAGUACCUGGAGAGCAACUUCGACGAGAACGAGCAGGUGAUUACGACGGUGAUCGAGACGGAUGUGCCGAUGAUCCUGCCGAGCCCGGUCAAGUACGCGAAGAAGUUACAGGCGUACUCGAGCGAGACGCCCAAGUGGAUUCGCAAGUACCUGGAGAACGAGAGCCCGAAGAUCGGGAGGAAGACUUCGACGGGAGGCGGCGGUGCCGGCGGCAAAGAGACCGGCAGGAGCAACCGGAGGAGCAGCCGCAGGAAGAGCUCGCUCGAGUCGAUCGAGUCGGUGACGAAGAAGCCCGAGGAGAAGCCCCGUUCCAAGUCCGUCAGCUGCGAGGAGAGGAACGCCAGGGGCAUCACGGUUCCCGCGGUCGCGGAGCAGAAGGGCGUGAUGAACACUUACGUGAGAAUCGUGCCGUCCAGUAACGCCCAGGAGAACAGGUACGAGGUCGGCGUGGAGUCCGCGGUCUCGGACUGGAAAACCGACAGUCGGGGCCCGUACGGGGACGAUACCGACACGGACGAUUCCACAUCGAUUUAAUCUCCAGUCCUGACAUGUAUACACGAGGGUUGGGAAAGUUACUUUCUCCAAGUAACUCGUCACAUCCUGUCUAACAAGAGCGUGAUCGACACCUGACUUUUAUGGCGCUUUUAUAUCAAUAAGUCGUCCAAUCACCGCCGUUGUCAAUUAUUGCCUGACGAUCUUUGAAGUAUACUUUCCACUAAUUUUACAGCACAUUCGGGAGAUAAAGACCGCCAUAUCGAACGAAUCUAUUCCAAAGAGUUCUUUUACUCGCUUGUUCAAAAGUUUUCGAUGUAACGGUUUCCAAACAGAAGUUUGCCGGUUACGUUCUUAUUAGACAGUUAAGUGUUACCUGUUCCUCGAGAAGUAACACGAGUUGCGACUUUCAUUCUUUCUCCUUCAUUGAGCUUUGCUGAUCUACUUUUUAGGAAAGAAUCAUGAUACUUCUUUUUCGAAGUAGCGAUGAAAAUAACGAUUACACUCGUUACCGUUAUUCCAAAAGAAUAUGAUUUCGUUACCAACGAGAAAAGAAAAAUAACAUACUAUUCCCAAAAUCGUUACGUAACUUAUCUGCAAUUUACCACCCAACUCUACAUACACAUUACCUCUUGAACGGUCAUUAACGUAUUAGUUAUCGUCAUUUUCGAGGGUGUGUUUUUCAUCGGAACGGCAGAUUAAGUGACAUACGCUCGGAAUCAUCAUUUUAUCAGUACAUGUACAUGUUGGUUUCUCGAAAUUUGCGCCGACUAGAUUUUCUAACUGCGAAUAAUCGCACGAAGUUCUUCGCCAUCGCGAGUAUCCAUCGAACAAUACCUGAACGGGAGAGACGUGCCGAAUUCCUGGCAGUGGCUCGUCGCUCUUCGCGCGUGUGCGUGAAAAAUUCACACGCCGCGAGAACACUCGAAGUUUAUCGCCGCACACCGAUACCCCGAGGAACUUGCACAGAGAAUACGAACGCGAAGUGAAGAAACGUGAGAGACCAGAGCGAACGUCCGCGCGUGAGAGAUGGUCGACGAGCGGGACGAUCUCGAAGAGGAAUCCUCGAUAUUUUGUACUUAAGAAAAGAAAAAGGAAAAAAAAAGAAGACAAGAACGCCGCACUGCGACUCAUUUCAUCGUCUGGCCGUGCGAACCGGAAGUGAAGAACCGGAUAUUUUUGCAAAACAUAAUGAAGAUAACAGAGGACACAGGAUAUACCGUGACACUUCGCUGCGUUUAGCCUAAAUGAUACUCAGAUGUGCUUUAUUAACUUUCUCGAUUCUUACAUAUAAGCGACUUCUGUUUUUUGUACAUAUAUCUAGAGCGUCUGAGGAGGCGUAAAGCCUCGGGGAUCGGGCAAUCGAAACGACGAUCGUGAGAUCCGGAGGCUGGUCUCCAAUGGGACCGACGGGGAAUCCAGAGAGAUCUCCGGAUCGUGAUGAGUUCCUGAAAAAUCCCUAUUGAUCUCAUCGCGUUCUAAUCGACGAAACGAAACCGAUCUCGCCUGGUCGAAUUACAUCAGGCUUCGAGUAGCACCACGAUCAAAAUACCUGGGGACGAGUCGCACGUGAACUCUCUUCGAUCGUCCGGCGUACAACGUACAAGAGUACAAGUCAACUGAAAACCUUAAAUUUUCCUUUCAUAAUUUUUCCAACAAAAGUUCCACACAACCGUACCAUUUUCCUACGUAGUCUCCAUUGCGUUCCAGACGAGUCCUCCAGUUCUGCUCACAAAGUGCACGGAUUCCCCUAGAAAAAAACUCUUGCGAUUGCGUAACUACUUUUGUCCAAUAAAUUAUGAAAGAAGAGACCUAUUUAAGGUUUCCAUCUGACUCGACCUCGUAUACUUCUAGCGCACGCUAUGUGUAUUAGCUCGGAACGCAUUAUUUUUAUGAAAGCUGCUUGCGCCGAGAGAGAGGCGUCGUAGAGACUAAGUGUAAAGAACGGUCGUCUUGUAUAUACACCGGCUAUGAGAAACUGUAUACACCGUUAAAUGUCCCCACCGUUGUCCACAUCGUUGUAUCGAUCUUCUUUUCUUUUCUCCUUUAAUUUCUCGUAGGAAAAACAUCUUUCGUUCGCGAACCGUUCGAAAACCGCAUCUCGGAUCGUUUCGUCGGCCGUUCGCGAACGAGAACGGAGACACGUGGUGAAUUUGUUUGAGAAUUAACGCGCGUGCCGCACGUGAGCAAAUGUUCAUUCUUGCUGAUACUAGUCACAAUGGGAUCUUACGAGCAGUCGUAAUCUUUCCGCGAAUGCUACGAAUGCGAAUGUGUGCACGUGAAUGUCGAAUAGUUAUGUUUACUUUUAGUAAUACGUAAUAUUUUACUUCUAUACAUAUAUAUAUAUAUAUAUAUAUAU